AUGUCAAUUGCCGCAAAUCGAGCGGAGCGUCAGCUGAUGCGCCAGCGGGGUGCUGCAAACCGUAAAGUCAAGGAUGUGGAUUUUGGCUUCUCUUUUGGUCCCCCUCAGCCGUUAACGAAGUCAGAAACGCAAGUGUCGCAGCGUGCAGUGACCAAUCCGCAAUCUCCUAAGAUAUCUCCGCCCAAAAGUUCGACCCCAAACAAGAAACUUUCCCGGCCUUCCACCCCAGGAUCACGGCGGAGCUCAGCUAGGCAGACAAGAAGUACGCCGAGCACAAAGCCAUCUGGGAGUUCUAGAGGAGUAAUACCCUCACCAGCGCCGGUGUACGAUAUCCCACAAGACGACCAGCCGGAUCAAAGAAGCCCAAAACGGCGGCGCAUAACUCUUUUCAAAUCUAUUACAGCAGAUUCAGCCUUGCAUACAAGCAGUCCGCAUAGCGAAUCGCGUAGGAUCGCCGCUAUCACAGAGACAAUCGAAGAGCUGAUAGCAGGUCAGCAAGCCCUACCCACAGCUUCUUCAGAACUUAUUCAUUCCACACCAGACGCUACUUUACAGCCUACUGAACCACCACAACACCAAACACCGUUGCCCUCGAAUGCCCCACCUGAACACACCCCGUUACCAAACACCGUCAGUCCGGACGAUAACAAUCGGCACAACAAUUACCAAGAAACCAAUGAAGAUAUCCAAGCUCAGCGUACACCUGUCGCGCAACGUAGGCGGAAAAAGAGAAAAUCUGUUCGAUUACCUCCGAAGAAUCAUCAAAAACGGCGUUCCCAAGUCAACACUGGAAGUUCCAAAAAAACAAGCAAAAAUCUGGAGUCCAAUGAGGCCUUGAAUAAUGCAGAACAACCUUUUGACCAAGAUAAAUCCCGAAGUCCUACCGUACGGCGCUCAUCUCCUCCCAAGGAAAGGCCCACGAGUGUGAAUCCUGAAGUACACAGGCUAGACUUACAAGCAGAGGAAAGGGAGAAUGAUUUCGCAAGAAAUUUGGAACUACAAAACGAGGAAGGGGAGGGAGACGAUGGGUAUGAAGUGGACGAAGCUCCCCGUUGGCGAGCUCCAGAGGGAGAGCAAGCAUACCAUCCAAUAGAACCUCCCCAAAAAGCAGAACAACCUGAGCGAAGGAGGAAAAGAAGGAAAAAUGCGACCCGGGCGCCCGCAAGUGACAAAGAACCUCUCCAACACCAUAAAGAAUGGCCCGAGUCUACGCAGCCUGGACAACCAGAAAACACGCGGGCGGUCAAACCCAGACGAGGUCGCAAAAGGCGGAGUCGCGGAUCGUCGAAAUCGUCGGGAGAAGCUUUCUCAGACGAAGGUACUUCAAGUAAAAGUACCAUCCCCGUUACCGUUCAUCGUAUCUGCAACAUCUCUGCCCUCGAGGACAUGCUUUCUGAUAAGUCCAAUGUCUCCGAUGAUGAACAUUCGGGCUCCCACACCGCGACCAGGGAUCACAAAUAUCUAAACCGUGGAGGCAUUAACGCUGCUGACGUCCUAAGUCAAAUUUGUCAAGAAACACUGGAAAAGACCAUCUCUACUCUCCAAACAAAUAUUGACCGGGAAUUAAAUACUACCCGUGCUAAUGAAUGGAAACGUAAGUGCAAAGUUGUGCAAGAUUUUCGCUCGGAGUUGGAAAACUCUUUGUUCGGGAUUAGCGAGCUUCUUGAAAGCAAUCUCGCUCUUGCUGCGCGACUAAAAAGGGAUAAGAAGGAGGUGCUUAAUUUAAGGCACCGGCUAUUGAGCUUACGGAAGGAAAGAGAGGAGAUUGCUCUUCGAAUCGACAACGUACGGAAUAAGUAUGCGGACGAUGAAAGUGAAAGAAUGGUACAAGACUCACUCAACAACUCUAUUCACGAUCUCCAACUGGCUCUUGACCGAAGCCAUAAACGGAAAGAUGCCACGGACGCCAAUCCAUUUGCUGGUCUGGAAUUCCUCCUCCGUACAGUUGCUCAAGAUGUUAGCUCCACAGCAUCGGACUCGCGAGGAGGCCUUUUGAACCAGGUCAAGCAAUUUAAUAACCAAUUAGAGAAGACUGCGGCUUUAUUACAACAGAACCGACAAUAAACCGAUGACGUCGGCCAGUUCCAUGCCAUGUUUAGCCUCGAAAUAAGUCCUAGCUUUUACGCGAAAUUCAUAAAUCGAUUUUCCACGUAACUCUACGGAGUAUUUCCUUGGCUACCAAACGAAUACUUCGCCAAUGUACAGAGGAGGCCGCGCCAAUAAUAGAAAAUUCCGAAGGCUUCAAUCUUCAUGUGAACCGUGAACUCAGGGCCUACAUACCAAGCGUCAUUCGACCCUCCAACCCGCCACAUCCUCGCUACCCGACGCUUCUUUGACCAGACCAGCAGCAUCUUGGCGAAUUCCGCAGGCGCAGAUCAAUCUUGGCGCUUCUGCCAGCCCAGCGGGCCUUCAGCCUGUGGGCGCUGGUGGAGAACGCCGCGGGUUCCACUCCGCCGCCUUGGCAUUUUCAAGAACGUAUCUUGCCACCACGACAAACCACGCAAGGGGCAUACGACAGAGGUUAUGCUGCACAAUUAAUUCACGCCAGGAGAGCAAAAUCUCUCGUUGCCCUGCAGUUCCUACAUCCCCGAUGGUAAGCACGGAACAUUGAAAUGAUUUUCUCAUCAUCUUUUUCGAAGUAAGGAGGCAUCUCUUGUGGAGAAUAGCCAAGUUUCUCAACGUCUAUGAUAUUCUUUCAAGCAUGGAGUACUCCGUAUCCCUUCCCGUCAUGACGCAAUCGAACAAUGCCUAUGUUCAAAGCAGAGAUGAAAGGUCAACUCUGAAUGGAGCCGGCAUCGGAGCUGAACAUAUUUCUACCCGGCGACAGAUCAGGUUCCCAUAUUUCUCGACCUCAGAUACUUUGUAGAAGUUGUGGAGGAGGGGAAAUGUGGAGAAAUUUGUAGCUAAUUAGGACCGUGGGCCCAAAUUCAAGUGGCUGUAUGGAGAGGAUAUGAUUUGGUUGUUUUGAGAAUUCUCGGCGGUAUUUUGAGAUCGUCGGCUGUCCGCUUCCAAAAUAUAUAUCUCGCUCAUUUCCU